UCGCUCUCCACAUUUGUGAAAACUGGCCGCUCGGACCCCAGUUCCGGCAAAUUGGCAGCCGCUGAGCGGGUCGCGGCUGCAGGCGGGUUGGAGGCAGGGCCGGGACGGCUGAGGCCUGACCCUGGGGCUCAGAGCUGCGCUCCCUGCUCGGCUGCAGACCCGGGCUCAUACUCCAAGGCCGAGCACUGAGGGCCUCUACCAUGUCCACAGCUGGGAUCAACACGUCCGCCUCCUUCUCCACGGACCAGCUGAACAGCCCGGCCACCAUCCCGGCGGUGAUGUUCAUCUUCGGGGUGGUGGGCAACCUGGUGGCCAUCGUGGUGCUCUGCAAGUCGCGCAAGGAGCAGAAGGAGACGACCUUCUACACGCUGGUGUGCGGGCUGGCUGUCACUGACCUACUGGGCACCUUGCUGGUGAGCCCGGUGACAAUCGCCACCUACAUGAAAGGCCAGUGGCCCGGGGGCCAGGCGCUGUGCGACUACAGCACCUUCAUCCUGCUCUUCUUCGGCCUGUCUGGCCUCAGCAUCAUCUGUGCCAUGAGUAUAGAGCGCUACCUGGCCAUCAACCACGCCUACUUCUACAGCCGCUACGUGGACAAGCGACUGGCCGGCCUCACCCUCUUCGCAGUCUACGCGUCUAACGUGCUCUUCUGCGCGCUGCCCAACAUGGGUCUUGGCCGCUCGCGACGGCAGUACCCGGACACCUGGUGCUUCAUCGACUGGACCACGAACGUGACGGCGUACGCCGCCUUCUCCUACAUGUACGCGGGCUUCAGCUCCUUCCUCAUCCUCGCCACCGUGCUCUGCAACGUGCUGGUGUGCGGCGCACUGCUCCGUAUGCACCGCCAGUUCAUGCGACGCACCUCGCUGGGCACCGAGCAGCACCACGCGGUCGCGGCCGCGAUGGCCUCUACUGCUUGUCGGGGCCACGCCAGCGCCUCCCCAGCCUUGCAGCGCUUCAGCGACUUUCGCCGCCGCCGGAGCUUCCGCCGCAUCGCCGGCGCAGAGAUCCAGAUGGUCAUCUUACUCAUCGCCACCUCCCUGGUGGUGCUCAUCUGCUCCAUCCCGCUAGUGGUGCGAGUGUUUAUCAACCAGUUGUACCAGCCAAGUGUGGUGCGAGAAAUCAGCAGAAACCCAGACUUGCAGGCCAUCCGAAUUGCUUCUGUGAACCCCAUCCUGGACCCCUGGAUAUAUAUACUUCUGAGAAAGACAGUGCUCAGUAAAGCAAUAGAGAAGAUCAAAUGCCUGUUCUGCCGCAUUGGCGAGUCCCGCAGAGACCGUUCAGGGCAACACUGCUCUGAGAGUCGAAGGACAUCUUCAGCCAUGUCCAGCCACUCUCGUUCUUUCUUCCCUCGGGAGCUGAAGGAGAUCAGCAGCACCUCUCAGACCCUCCUUUACUUGCCAGAACUAAGUGAAAACAGUCUUGGAGGCAGGAAUUUGCUUCCAGGUGUGCCUAGCAUGGGCCAGGCCCAAGAAGAAACCACCUUACUGAGAACUUUGCGAAUAUCAGAGACUUCAGACUCCUCACAGGGCCAUGACUCAGAGACUGUCUUAUUGGUGGAUGAGGUCGGUGGGAGGAACAGGGAUGGGCCUGCCCCAAAGGGGAGCUCCCUGCAAGUCACAUUCCCCAGUGAAACACUGAACUUAUCCGAAAAGUGUAUAUAGUAGUCAAAGAAAGAAACACAGCACUAUUUCUGGAACCUUAUAAAAUCCUGUGCAAUAGACACAUAAGUGAAACAUUUAGCUCUGCUCAGAAGUGCUACUACCUUCAUCCUGUGGCUCACAUUAGAGAGAGAACAUAGGGCCUCCUGAGCAUUUUUCAAACACUCAAAUUAUUUCACGUGAGUCCUGAGGCCUGAAGCACAUUGGUUGACACUCCUCUAUGACACAGGAUUGCAGUCACAACUUGAUGGGUGGGAAAAGCUACCUUUGGUUUUUCUCCUGGGUAGGAAAAUGGCAUGUUAUUUUCAUAACAUCAAGAGCUGUACAUCUGGCACACCGCAGAGGCCCAGAUACUGGAAGGGCUGGCUCUAUCCAAUAUACUAUGAGGACUACCAUAUGGCUGAUCUAAGUGUCUCACUAAAGCAUGAAAUGUGAAUUUUUAUUGUUGUAAAUAUUUAAAGUAUUUAAAGUAUUUUCUUCUCUAUGAGAAGGUUUAUUGUUAAUACAAGGUAUAAUAAAGUUAUGGUAACCCCUCUCCUCCCAGUGUAACCAGGUGAAGUUGCAGAUGGUAGAUUUAUUUUUCACACACAAGUUCAGACUGAGGUGUUGAAAAUCCAGUGAAACUAAUAUCUAUAAAAUAGAUAUAAUUUUUAAAAGUUUAAUACCAUCAAAAUAAAGAAAAAUACCAUGUAAGAUGUGAAAAUUACAGUUCAAAAUACUAUAGUUCUUUCCAAGCUAUGUAUAAUAGUAAAAAAAAUUUAUUGACAUCACAUUUAUUUAUCCAGAAAACUAUGAUUUCAAAAGAACCUAACAUGUUGGUAAAUAUUUUCAACUAUUGCCCCUGUUAAUUGACACUUUUUAAAAUAUAACAAAUUUUUGAGGUCUUUACUCAUAAUUGAAGUGUAUAAUAAAGAAAUUAUAAAUCAAAGCAGCUUGUUUUCCCCAUGAAAGGUGUAUACUUUUGUUUCCCUAAGGAGUAAUCUAGAAUAUCUUUUAAAUUUAAGAGAAAGAUAAA